GAGGGGGGCCCUGCGCUGCGCAGGUUGCAGAGUGGGGCGAUCACCCCGACGAUGUGGAGUACAUGGAGAUGCUGAAUUUUUGGGGCCCGCAUAUACCGAAGCGAGUGCUCAUUCGCCGGGAGGUCACCGUCCAGGACCGCGACCUGGAGAGGGUCGCGGCGAAGCAGGGCAAGGUCCAUUUCUCUGUGGCGCGCUGGAGGCUCACGGAGUUCUCCGCGAGCAGCGGACCCGACGCGGAGUCGGCGAGCAUCGUCCACGUGUUCUACGAGGGCAAGGACGAGAGGAAGGUCAUGAAUUGCUUCUCCGCGGCGGGCAUCGACCUGGGCGCCGUCGAGGCGGUGCCCGUGGACCCGAACUCUAGCCGGGCGCACGAGCAGCGCAUCAUGUACAUGAAGGAGUCCCUGUUCCUGGAAGACGAGUGCGCCUACGAGCGAGUGCUCAUUCGCCGGGAGGUCACCAUCCAGGACCGCGACCUGGAGAGGGUCGCGGCGAAGCAGGGCAAGGUCCACUUCUCUGUGGCGCGCUGGAGGCUCACGGAGUUCUCCGCGAGCAGCGGACCCGACGCGGAGUCGGCGAGCAUCGUCCACGUGUUCUACGAGGGCAAGGACGAGAGGAAGGUCAUGAAUUGCUUCUCCGCGGCGGGCAUCGACCUGGGCGCCGUCGAGGCGGUGCCCGUGGAUCCGAACUCUAGCCGGGCGCACGAGCAGCGCAUCAUGUACAUGAAGGAGUCCCUGUUCCUGGAAGACGAGUGCGCCUACGAGGAGGGCCCUCCUCGCGAGGUGGCGCAGCGCUAG